UUCGCCGAAACUGGGUCGAAAUUGGAAACCAAAGCUUUGACUGGAACUUUCCAGGAAAGCUCUACUUCCCCAAACCUUUCCCCCCAUUCAGUGACUAACCGAAUUUUAAAUUGAAAUUUAUUGGCAUAAAAGUUUUUCCUAAAAUCUUUAAGUAAUGCAAUGUGGAUUCGCUUUUCUCGAAGCAGGAGCCGUUAGAAGUAAAAAUUGUACAAAUAUUCUAAUUAAAAAUGUUUUGGAUUCGCUUCUCGGAAUUCUUGGUUAUUGGGCAAUUGGAUGGGCUUUGGCCUAUGGACCUAAUUCAAACAAUUUUCUUGACCAUUUUUUCGGAUUUAGCCAAUUCUUUGUUAUUGGUCUACAAAAUUAUGCAAAAUUCUUUUUUCAAUUUGUUUUUGCUGCUACAGCUGCUACAAUAAUUUCUGGGGCGGUUGCGGAAAGGGCAGAAUUUGCUUGUUUUUUAACCUACUCACUUUUAAUUACUUCAUUUUGUUACCCUAUACUAACACAUUGGGGAUGGACUCCAAAUGGAUGGAUGGCUAGAGGGUUUGACCCAAGCCUUGGACUUGAACAACAUUUAUUCGAAAAUAAUACAUUAAACAACAAUAGUAGUGAAACAAACAUUACAACAAUUACAAACACAACAACAACAUUCAGAACAACUUAUGUUGAUUUUGCUGGGUCUGGAAUGGUAAUAGUAUAUAGAAAUCAGAAUAAAAACAAAACAUAA